AUGGCCUCAUCUUCGGGUACCAAAAAGUAUCCUCCGCGGCUUUACGAGAUUGGUAAAACGCCUAUUCAAUCUCGGAGCAUGAACCACAGUUGUUUUCUGUCCAACCUUCAAGUAAUGAAAGAGUCUGUCGGUGAAGACGUUUGGCUUGAGUUAAGAGAAUCAGCUGUAGGCGUGAUUAUCAAGCUGAAGGAGUUGGAGUACACUUGGUCUGCAAAACAUGUUCAUUAUUUUCUGGUGAAUCAAUUGGCGAUUCAGUACAGUCAUGAAGUUUGGUCUUUGAUAGAAGACCAGCCAUUGAGGUUCUCUCUGCAUGAGUUUGAAGAUAUUACAGGGUUAAAUUGUGAUCCCUUUGACACGCAAGAACAAUGGGAUGUGGCUCAUGAAGACUUUUGGCCCUUUUUCCGAUCAUCAGAAAAUUGGCCUAGAGAGAAGCGUGUAAUGGUUGGCUUGUUGUGUCUAUUAUCCAUUGGCAUAUUUGGCAUUUCAAGCAAUAGUAGAAUACCUCUGCAUUUGGCGAAAAGGGUGAUGGAUCCAGCAGCUUUCCAACGCCAUCCAUGGGGUCGUGUGGCAUUUACCAGCCUUGUGGAUUCUAUUAAAGUGGUGACAUACGAAGAAAAGAAGAGUUACACACUACAUGGUUGUGUUCAUGCAUUGCUUAUUUGGAUAUACGAGUCUGUGCCAGGUUUAGGAGAGAUAUAUGGGCAUCGGAUAGAGGAAGCUGAGGUUCCGCUUCUGUCAUGGCAUGGUUCUCGUCAGCGUAUCAACUUCCCAAACUUCUGUGCACAAGAAAAGAAAAAAUAUCAGAAGAUUCGUGUAAGGCAUAUGAUUGUAAAGGCAAUGGAGGAUAGAUAUCCGAAAUGGGGCGAAGAUAAACCGCCUGAUGAUUUGGAUAACAUGAUAGUUGACAUCCUUAAUGAUCAGCUAAACGACAAGUUUUGGGAUGUAGUGCCACUUACCAAGUGCCAGAAGAGAAAAACUCAAGUCAGUGCACCUAGUGUUCCUGAAAGAGUGGAUACAAGCCCCUCCACAAAACGAAGGAAGGAGAAAGAAACUGCACCAGAAAUGGUAUGUAUCACAUGUUAUUGA